AUUCAAUUUCGAUAUGCAACUGUUAUAUCGAUAAACGGAAUAAAAAUAAAACAUUACCAAUUCGAUUGCGGAGUUCUGCGCAUUUGCAGUUUGAUCAGUAUACGUCGUGUAAACGUAUAUUAUAUUCAAGUAAUUAAAAAGGAGGACAUUCCCUGCAGAGUCUUCCAGCAUGGGCAACAUACACACAACGGGCCCCAAUGAGGCGUUAAUUGUUUCAGGUGGCUGCUGUGGUUCCACAAAGAAGCGUACAAUUGUUGGUGGUUGGGCCUGGGCCUGGUGGUUGGUGACGGACGUGCAGCGUCUCUCGCUGAAUGUGAUGACACUGAAUCCGAUGUGCGAGAAUGUGGAGACAGCCCAAGGUGUACCUUUGACCGUUACGGGCGUGGCCCAAUGCAAGAUCAUGAAGUCAUCUUCGUAUAAAAAUAAAGAUUAUGCUAACGACGAGGCCGACGAGCUGCUGGGAACGGCCAGUGAGCAAUUUCUGGGCAAGAGCGUCAAGGAGAUAAAGCAGACGAUUUUGCAAACGCUGGAAGGACACUUGCGCGCCAUAUUGGGAACGCUUACAGUCGAAGAGGUGUACAAAGACCGCGAUCAGUUCGCGGCACUGGUGCGCGAGGUUGCCGCACCUGAUGUGGGUCGUAUGGGCAUCGAGAUACUCUCGUUUACCAUCAAGGAUGUCUACGAUGACGUUCAGUAUUUGGCUUCGUUGGGCAAGGCUCAAACGGCUGUGGUUAAGCGAGAUGCCGACGCUGGCGUCGCCGAGGCCAAUCGAGAUGCCGGCAUUAGGGAGGCCGAGUGCGAGAAAAGCGCCAUGGAUGUCAAAUAUUCGACGGAUACGAAAAUUGAGGAUAAUACGCGCAUGUACAAGUUGCAAAAGGCCAAUUUCGAUCAGGAGAUCAAUACGGCCAAGGCCGAAUCUCAAUUGGCAUACGAACUGCAGGCGGCCAAGGUCCGUCAAAGGAUCCGUAACGAGGAGAUCCAAAUCGAGGUUGUCGAGCGUCGCAAACAGAUCGAGAUCGAAUCUCAGGAGGUUCAACGCAAGGAUCGUGAACUCAUCGGCACCGUCAAGCUGCCCGCCGAGGCUGAGGCCUAUCGUGUUCAGACUAUUGCCCAAGGCAAGCAAUGCCAUACAAUUGAAGCUGCACGCGCUGAAGCCGAACGUAUUCGGAAAAUCGGUUCAGCUGAGGCUCAUGCCAUUGAGCUGGUGGGAAAAGCGGAGGCGGAACGCAUGCGGAUGAAGGCGAAUGUCUACAAACAAUACGGAGAUGCGGCCAUUAUGAAUAUAGUACUCGAAUCGCUGCCCAAGAUUGCCGCAGAGGUGGCUGCACCCUUGGCCAAAACGGAUGAGAUUGUGCUGAUUGGUGGCAACGAUAAUCUGACCAAUGAUGUGACACGCCUUGUGGCACAGUUGCCGCCCUCUAUAAAUGCUUUGACCGGUGUGGAUCUAUCCAAGGUUCUAUCGAAAAUACCUGGAGCCAAGGCGUGAAAUCUGCUUGAAUGGGAUGUGCAACAAAUGGCAAUGACGACGUAACCCCCAAUGGAAUUGUAAUAAUUAAAGCGAGAAGAAGAAUCAGUAUGACAAGGAGAUGGCUGGAAAGAGAUAGAAAUUAAAGUAGAGAGAAACAUAGAGAGAAAGAGAGAGAGGGAAUGCAUUUGUUAGAGCGAAAUGAAACGAAAGCGAAUCACUUAUAAAGAAUCGAACGAUUAUCUACAGAUACAAAAAAAGAAAACAACAAUAAGAACAGUUAUAGCAAAAUGUACUCCGAUAUUAUGUGUCAGUGUGUGUGUAUAAAUGUGUGUAUAAUUAAAGAUCAGCUUAAUGAUCAGCUAUAUAUCUAAUCAA